UUAUCAUACUGUACAAAUUGUAAAAUAUGCAAUGGAAAUUGUUGUCACUCUUUGUCUCCCAUAAUUUUACUUAGUUACUAAGUUAGUCCUCUUGUUAAUUGUUGGUAUCAGGUAUCGCUGUAUGGUUUAUGUAACAAAGGUCGGGUACACCCCACAGUAAAUUAGUGGAUUUAUGAGGAUAGAGAGUUCUAUAAUGGAAGCUAGUUGUCUCACCAAGACCCACACUUCAGAGGAAUCUUUUCCCGAGUAUGUGGGCUUCAUAUGUGCUGGUGUUGCCGUAGUUUUGUUUGGAAGUAACUUUGUUCCUGUCAAGAAAUUUGAAACUGGAGAUGGGAUGUUCUUCCAAUGGGUGUUAUGCAGCGCUAUCUGGUGUGUGGGUCUCAUCGUGAAUGCCAUGAGAGGGUUCCCACCAUUUUAUCCACUUUCCAUGUUUGGAGGAUUCCUUUGGGCAACAGGCAAUAUUACUGUUGUUCCUAUUCUGAAGACAAUUGGUCUAGGAUUGGGCAUCUUGAUUUGGGGAACUUUUAACUUAUUAUCAGGCUGGGCAAGUGGAAGGUUUGGAUGGUUUGGUAUUCAUCCUGAGCUGCCCACUGAUGUACUUCUCAAUGACCUUGGAGUGACCUUGGCUGCAUUGAGAGGUUUGUUCUUCAUGUUAGUAAAGAGCGAGGUGAGCGCUGAGGAGGCGAUAUCACUCUCAGACAAUACUACAGACAUUGAAAAAGAAGCUCUAACAUUUCGUGAUCCCAAUAUGAAAGCUGACUCACCGCACUCUGAUACUAACCACUCAAUUCCUAAGACUCCUGCCAAUAUAAACUAUGGAAGUGCACGGGAAUUUAAUGAAAUUGAGAUUCUGGAUAGAAGUCAAAAUGAAACAUUUAUUGAUAGAAUGACGCCCAUCCAGAAGAAAAUAAUGGGUACAUCAAUGGCCGUGGUAGCAGGAGUAUUUUAUGGGUUAUCUUUUACUCCGGAUAUUUUCAUCCAGGACCAUGCCAACACAACUACUAACCACACUUCUUUUUACCCUGGAGCUAGUGAGAAUGGUUUGGACUAUGUGUUUGGUCAAUUCAGUGGAAUCUAUGCCACAAGCACCUUGUAUUUUAUCAUCUACUGUAUUGUAAUGAAGAACAAACCGCGAGUGUACCCCCGCGCCAUUCUGCCGGCCCUGGCCUCCGGGACAAUGUGGGGAGUGGCAUGCUCUUGUUGGUUUGUGGCCAAUAAGUCACUGUCAGAACCCGUCAGCUUUCCUAUUAUUACAACUGGUCCUGGUCUGAUAGCAGCAUUAUGGGGGAUAGUAGUGUUCAGAGAAGUGAAGAUGAUGAGCCGCUACCAGAUAGAAAUUGGAGGAACUCAAAUCAAUUUUCCCAGAAAUUUCAUCAUCGUGUCUCUAGCCUUUGCCGUUACGAUAGCAGGAGCAAUAUUGUCAGCUUUCUCUAAAGCUUAGGACAUUUACGUAAUAUUUUCACUAACAGAAGUUUGAUGUGCAAUGUCACUGUCAUGAAAACUGAGGGUGUGGGUUGUUUUGAAUUAUUAGAAGUUUCUUUAUCAUUGCUAACAGAACAAAGAGAUGUGUGUAGUA